AGACAAGCGGCCUAAUCUUGAAGGAAUUUUCUUAGGUCCAUGCUCACUUUUGAUCACCAAGCUAAAGCAAAGAAGUCUGAAACAAAAACGAGGCUGCUGAGUCCCACAUCCAAGCUGAUAUUAUCGCCCAUUCGGGCACACAGUCUUGAUGCAGAGCACGGCCACACCUUUGCCUACAAAGAGACCACAAAAGUCGGGUGAACACUCGACACGGCAAGCUAAGACUAGCGAGCCACCGAGUCCUGCGGAAUCUCAACCGGCUUCCCCCGUGGGGAAGCGCAGUAGGGGCAGUCGUCCGAAAGACACCCGGCAGCGCAGUCCAACUGCGGCCAAAAUCCAACGGGAGCGCAUGGCGAAUGCGCCCAGGGCUGCCUAUGCUCCUCCAGCGCCAUCACCUGGCUCCAGCGUACACCAACACGACGGCUCUUUGCCUGCCGGCACUACCGAUAGUGGUGGGCCGUUGGUAUCAGGACACCGGCGUGAACAACCAUUGGAUGGCAGUUGUCGGGGACCAUCGCCAACAGCUUUGGAAGAUGCUUCUCUCGCACCACUCGCUGCCUCGAGAGCGCACCACCGCAAAAGAUCGUCGCCUGCUGGAACUGCCGACAGUGGUUUGCCGUCGCCAUCAAGACAUCGGCGCAAAGAACCUUCGGAUGGCGUGUCUCGAGAGCCAUCGCUAACUGCUGCGCCACAUGCUUCUCUCGCACCACCCGCUGCCUCGAGAGCGCACCACCGCAAAAGAUCGUCGCCUGCUGGAACUGCCGACAGUGGUUUGCCGUCGCCAUCAAGACAUCGGCGCAAAGAACCUUCGGAUGGCGUGUCUCGAGAGCCAUCGCUAACUGCUGCGCCACAUGUGUCACCAGGGCCACACCAUGGCACCCGAUCGCGCCGCAACGACAGAUCUUCUGCCGGGACUGCAGACAGUGGCUCGCAGUCACAGCCUCCUUCAAGAGAUCGGCGCCAGCAACCCUCAAACGAGGGGUCUCAGGGGCCAUCACCCACUGCUGCCGAACAUCGGGAACGAAAGCGUAAGCUGCGCGCCCAGGAAGACGAGACCAAGGAACCCUUUUGGGAGUACGUGUGCAUCGCCGUGUGCAUCGUGUUUGUCAUUGCCAUCGUGGCCGGGUUCGCCAUCAGCAGCGCACUCAACAGCAAGAAGCACGUUCCGCUUAGCAGGCUCAUAUUCAACGAAACCUUGCACCCGCUGUCGCCGUCCGCGCCGUCGCUGUUCUUCACCCGCUGAAGCAAACCUCCGUGCGCGACUUCAGGCUUACGCUUUGCCAGCUGCGUCGGAGUGUUGUAGGCCCCGGAACACGCAAGGCAGGCCUUCACAAAUACACGUCCCUGUGCAGGCGGAAGGUCGGCAAUUCACCUCACCCAUAAAUUUACCGUUAAAAAAAUAUUCACCAAACGCCGAUGGAGCUACAAAAUAACGAAGAAGCAAUGUAUAUCUUCUCUAAGAUAACAAUAGGGAUAUAUGAAAAUACAGAUUUUAGUAACCAUUCGUUUGCAAGGCUUUGUUUAGUAUCCCUCACAACUUCGUACGCAUUAGAUCAGGCUUAGUAAAGCAAGCGCACAGAUACACAGACGUGUGAGGUCAAGUCUGUUUUAUGUAUGUGCACAGUGUUCAUCACAUCAAGCAUGGUGUGUAUCUGUGUUUGCUAAUGUCGUGAAAUAAAUUUUCGUCGGAUGCUUAAGAGGA